AAUAUCCCACUCAGAGACAGCAUUAUCCGCAAUCAGAUGCCGAACAACUAAGGGAAAGAGAGAGAGCAUUCUGCUUCAAUUAUCUGAACAGAAGCAAAAGCAACUUCCACCAUGAAGUGUAUUCAAUUUCAGUCUUCAUUUCCUUCCUUACAUCCACAAACCAAGCAGAAGCACCAGCAGCAGAAACUGAAGACACAGAAAUGGCUAUGCCCUUAUACCCAAAGAAUACCAGCAAGGACCAGGGCUAUUAUUAACCCUCUCAUUCUUGCUGACACUUCCCCAUCUAAAGGAGGAGACAUAUCUGUCCUCCUUCAAACUGGUGGUUUGCUUCUGUUUGCGUAUGGGAUAGCCAACUUUGUGGUGCCGGCCUUCAUUUCCAAACAAUAUGAAUUGGAUGAGGAAACUAAAGAAGAUUCAAUGCCUGAUAAGGAUGGCUCCAUAGAUGGUGAGGAGGAUGGUAUGACCAAGCGACAAUCACUAAGAAAGAAACGAGGCUUCCAAGGCACUAGGACAUGAUUACAUGUAAGGGAGACGAUACCAUGAUGGCUAAUAAUGUCUUCUUUAUUAUUAUUAUUGAUCCUCCAGAAAAAUUUCCGAUUA